AUGCAAGAAAUCGAGCUCAAUCCCUCCCCUUUCUCCCCAUCGUACACCUCACCCCACUCACCCCCAUCCCCCAACCACAUCUCGCUUUGUAUUUCAGCUCUCCGCCACUCUGCUUCAACCCGCCUCUCUGACCCACCAACCCGUAUCUUGCAAAGUAACACAAACCCACUAGACCGAGGGCUAGAAACCCUAAUAUUCCGCGAGAUCCUCGCGCACAAGUCACUUACACACAUUGCCAGUAACCUCGCUCUAGACGGAAAAUACCACAGCCCAACACACUACCCGGAAGCCUACACCUACCUCCUCUCCAACCGACCCCGUCUCACCGCCGACGACCUCCUCCGCCACGUGCUCUGGCGUCUGGACAAAAGCGAGUGGUGGCAGGAGAAAUGGGAGAGUGCGUUGUUUGGGGAGGGCGGUAAGGAAGGAGUUGCGUGGGCGCUUUGUGAGACCGAGUACAGGGAGAGUAAAGGGAAGCAGAGGGCAAAGGGGCCCAUGAUGAAUUGGGAAGGGGAUAAGCAUGGUGGGACAUACUGUGUGCAUGGGAAGAGGGUUAGGGGGAGGGGUUGCUGUGGGGUGUGGUAGGAUGAGGGAGAAGACUGAGGAGUAGUCGGGUGUUGGUUUCGGGAGAUCUUUCUCCUCAAGCAUGAGAUCUCUUUUGCACGGGGUGGGAGUGAUUGCGGGUUUGGUUUGUGGGUAAGAUCGGGCCGGAUGCCCAUUCGCUCUGACCGAACGUGCGUGUUGAGUU